AUGGACGGAAAGACUCCUAUGCAGGCACUUGAAAGCGUGCUGCAUGAAAACCGAUUCAUUUACGACACCCGACAGGAACCCAAAACAGAUGUCGUUGUGGGUUUGACGUCGACCAAUAAGUCUUUUUGUAUCGCACAUGCCGUUAUUUGCAAAGAACGAAGGGAUAACUUUGUGUGGGUGCUUGAGCGGAUCAAGUCAAUGUUGCAUGAAUGUAUGAUGCCGCGUGUGAUAGUAACGGAUAGAGAGCUAGCCCUAAUUAACGCGUGUGCUAAAGUAUUCCCGAACGCGUCUAGGUUUCUAUGUCGGUUUCACAUCGAACAAAAUAUAUGUAAACAUUGCAAGCAAGGGUUCAAUAAAUUAGAUAGGGAGAAAUUUCUAUCGUAUUGGCGGAGAGUGUGCGACUCUGCUUCAGAGCCCAUGUACAAGUACAACUUGGACAAAUUGUAUAACCGACUCGUGGUUGCCAACCGGGAAAGGGUCUUUAAUUAUGUCUACGAAAACUGGCUCAAAUACUAUAAAGAAAUGUUCGUUUGUGCGUUGACUAAUAAGUGUCGCAACUUUGGUCAGCGCACCACCAACAGAGUUGAGAGCCAACACGCAAACUUAAAAAGAUACCUUACGCGUGGGAGUUCAUUGGAGCGAAUAGCAAGAUGCGUCAUUGAUAUAGUUGAAACUCAAUUAGGGGAAAUACAAAAAAAGUUUAACCGAAAGCAUUGA